CGUGUGCCCAUGAGGUCGUCCAUGCUGGUCCUGUUCCUCUUCUUAAGUGCCCAGGCUGUGGCCGCAACCAGAGGGGACUUGUACACCACCACCACAGCGGCACAGGAAAACACUCCAAGUGACAACCCAGACUCUAUCCCGGUUGUCGAUCCCAAACUCUUCACCAAGCGCCACUACCUCUCACCCAGAGUGCUUUUUAGCUCUCAGCCCCCUGAUGCAGAGCCAUCGGGGUCACAGGGUGCUGGCAGAAGGACCCGAAGGCAAGCAGGGCAGCCUCAACACCGCGGGAUGUACUCAGUAUGUGAGAGUAUUAGUGUCUGGGUGGUCAACAAGACCAAAGCCACGGACACCCUAGGCAGAGAGGUGACAGUCCUCCCAGACGUGAAAAUCAACAAUGUCAACAUGAAGCAGUACUUCUUCGAGACGACAUGUCAUAGCCCUCGAUCAGGCAGCUCAGGCUGUUUAGGAAUUGAUGCGAGACACUGGAACUCCUACUGUACUAAUUCACACACUUUUGUGCGAGCGCUGACUUCAUUCCAGAACCUGGUGGCAUGGAGGCACAUACGCAUUAACGUGGCCUGUGUGUGCGUGCUCAGUCGCAAGUCCUGGCGGCAAUGA